AUGUUCAUGACCUUGUCCAUAAGGCCAGAGCUGGCAUCCCCACGCUCUGACUCGUCGGAUCCAUCCUCUCUGAAAGCGCUCAAACCCAAGGUCCGAACUCGCAGUGGCUGCAAUACAUGCCGACGGAGACGCGUGAAAUGCGACGAAAGCCGUCCCACAUGCACACGCUGCAAACGGUCAAAGAACCAAUGCAGCUACGAGCUUCAGCUUCAGUGGGAGGAUGAUAUGCGCACGGCUGGAAAGUGUCACGGACGAACAGGGGUUCAGUCGAGAAGAGUUUCUAUGCAGCCCCGGCCGGUGGGCGACGGAGAAAUCCAAAGAUCAACACGGACCAGACGCAAGGAUAACUCCCAUCCACACGGUGACGGGAACUCCAUGUCGAUCUGCUCUCCACCUUCGCACAGUCCGUCAUCCAGGCCUUGCAGUCAGGUCAGCUAUUAUGUUCACUACGAGAACUGGAAGAGAGUAGCACGUGUUUCGCGCCCACUUCCAGUGUUACCCUGGAGUGUAGGCAUGCCCGAUGUGGACGAUGUCUGCUUGUCAUUUUACGAGUCCGUGAUGUGCACUGUUGGGGUUACCAUCGACGACGAACGCUUCAACCCCCUGCGCAGCACGGUGAUGCGUCUCGUGUUUCGCACUGAGAUAGCAUAUUUUGCUGUUCUCAUGGGCAGUGCGCACUACCUGCGAUCAUUUGAGCGCAGAUAUGAUCUUAUUGCGAUGCAAAUUCGCCAAAGGGUGCUAAGGGGACUACGGCAAGCUUUAAUGAAAGAGACUUGGAGUUGGGAAGAUGUGUUGGUCCCGACGAUCUUUCUGUGUUCUUCAGCGAUUUCCAAUAGCUGCGACGCUUCCUGGGUGAAGCAUCUCACCUGUUUUCGGCUGAUCGUGAAAGAGAUGAGCCACAGCCUCAGAAGUGCACCUCCUAUCCCGCAAUUUUUCAUCAGCUAUUUCUCAGCGCACUUCGUGCUUGCUAAAUCGUUAUUUCCCAUUGACACUGUUGUUGAGGCACCGGCCAACCUAACCGACCGCCGGCCACGCGGGCAAGGAGUGUCGUGGACCUCCACCAAAGCCCUAGCCAAAGUCAUGAUGUCCGAUACUCUUCAUGAGAUUGACGUGUGGAACGGCCUUAGCAACCACCUCUUGCUCUUGAUCAAUGAGAUUCUCAGUCUAAAGGAAGACGCUCAAACACUUUCCCGCCAGCACCAGGGCAUGUCUAUCUCCGGGAUCGUGGUAGAACAGAAACGAGUAGCGAUAGAAAACAAAAUCAAAGCCCUCCAAGCAAGUCUGGCUACAACGACGCAGAAUUUACCCACGUCAUCGCACGAAGACAGUGAAUCAUCUGAGACCACGCAUCGAUUUCACCUCCUCCAAAGCACCAGUGAGGCCUACCGCCUAGCCGCCUGCCUCCUUCUCUCCGAAACAGUGACACCUGUCUUCCUUGGAUACACCCCAACUAACCGCUAUUUGGAGCAAAUCAAAGACCCAGUCCAGAAGAUGCAGAACGUAGACCAUAUUUUGUGCCUCGCUAAUGAAGUGGUCUCCUCAGUAGACUACCUCCCCGUCUCUUGGCCGCUAUGGCCUCUCUUUAUCGCCUCCUGCUGCUGUACGCCGGAGGACAAUAACAACAAAGCCACAGCGCUCAAAAUCUUCCACGCCGCCAGACAAAAAGCACCCUACGAAAACAUCCCCCGCGCUCAAACUGUCAUCGAGCUCCUCUGGCAGCGCCGUGAACUUCAAACACACAGUGACAAGACCGCGCGAAUAGGCCGGUUCGAAUGGGAAUCCGUACUAGAAUUCCUCGGCUGGCAGACUAGUUUUGCCUAG